AUGCCCCUAACACCACACCAGUCCCUCUCCCUCACCCUCCUAAUCCUCUACACACCGGCCCUAUACCCAACAUUGCUCCUUCUCCACCGACACAGCCUCGGCCACGCCUGGGGCUGGCUGUACCUCUUCAUCUUCACCAUCCUCCGAAUCCUCGGCGCAGCACUGCAGUUCGCGUCCGGAUAUACACAUGAUGAAGAUAGCGGACUGCGCGUUGCGGCGAGGAUACUUGCUUCUAUCGGCGUUAUGACACUUCUACUGGGGAUGUUGGAGGGGGUUGAGGUUUUGAAAUCAUCCCUCCCCAACGACCCCAUCCCGCCACGCCUCUGGACACUCCUCCACCUAUCGCAAUACGAAGCAUUCAUACUGAGUAUUAUCUUUACGGCGACCGGACAGGAAGAUCUCAGCUACGCGUCUGCGAUUGUCGUCGCCUGUCUAUUCGUUGUACUUGUGGGGAUCGUGAGUGUUUUCUAUUUCGAAUUGCGGCGUGCCCCUGCAGUAUCCACUCAGUCGAGCACAAGCUCAAGUGAACCUGAGGAAGACGAUGACAACCCAACGAUGAAAGAACCAUCCACGGGCGAAGAUACGCGCAAACCCCCACCUCCCAUCUUGUCGAAACGAAAAACAACAACUUUACUGCACAUCCUCCUCGUCUCAAUCCCCUUCCUCGCCGUCCGAGUGAUAUACAUGCUCCUCGCAACAUUCACGCACGAUAGCAUGUUCACAGGCCGCGAACCCGACGACAAUGAGACCACUGAAUCUUGGACAACCGCCACGGAGAUGGAAACGUAUAUCCUUCCCAACGUCUACCUCGUGGCAUUCAUGCAGUACGCGGUGGAGAUUGUUGUUUUUGGGUUGUUUGUUGGUGCGGGGUUUGUUGUUCCUGCUUCAAGACGGGGGUAG